AUGGUAUAUUUGUCCAACGUUAAUGAUUUUUUUGAACAAUCUAGGCUUUUAAUAGAAGCAUAUCCUGAUUCAACAAAAAUAACCACACGUUAUCGAAUUGAUGAAGAUCAACAGAGUUACCUUGUUGCGAAAGCAUAUGAAACUGCAUCAGGAAUAUGUUUAAAAUUUAGAACAGACAAAGCUGCUGAGUUAAGUCGGUUAAUGCUCAUUGCCAGCAAACUUGGACAUGUUUCUAACAAAUUGGAAAUUCCUCCAGAACAACCCGAACCGGAGUCUACAGUUUCAAAUAAACCUGUCGAGGUGAAGUCAGAGCCUCAGGCUGCUCCCAGUAAGAGCUCCAAGAAAAAAAAGAAGGGAAAGAAGAAAUAG